AUGCGGCGCUCCACGCGACGGCCCUAUGCCGCCGCGCACAGCACCAAACGCGCGACUCGCGACGGUCUCUUUUCCUCGACCAGCGCCCGCGUCUCUUGUGCGCCACCGACUGCAGCAUCGGCUGAACACGCGCGAGUCCAAGCGGAGACACGUGCGACUGCCGAGUGGACGCCGCUCUGCAGCACGCGCGCGCUCUCGUGCGCCCUCACGUUGGAGUCGGGACAGGUGUUCGCCUGGCGGAGACACCCGCGACACGCGGCCACGUGGCUCGGCGUUGUCCAGCGUCGCGUCUUUGCACUACAGGAACGGGACCACGUGGUCCACUUUCGCUGCCUCUGGCCGGCAGACGUACCGGUCAAAGACAGUGCAGCAGAGCUCUCGCACUACUUUCGACUGGAUGUGGACGAAGAGCAGCUGUACAGGCGAUGGACAGCAGUAGCUGAUCGCAUGUCAGGGAGUAUCUCGCGACUGCGGGGACUGCGGAUCGUGCGGCAAGACCCAGUCGAGUGUCUGUUUGCCUUCAUCUGCUCAUCGAACAACAACAUUGCUCGCAUUCAAACCAUGGUGGAUAAACUGCGAGCCACGUAUGGUGACUUGAUCUACAAAGGAGAAGACGGAGACGAGCAACUGCUGUAUGCGUUUCCUGCGGUGGAGACGCUGGCUGCCAAGUGCGAAGAGUCGGUGCUGCGGGCGCUUGGGUUUGGCUACCGCGCGGCGUUUGUCGUGAAGACCGCAAAACAGCUGCAGCAACUGGGAGGACCGUCGUAUCUUGACGAUAUUCGAGAUGGAAAGGCUGGUCGUGUGAACGAGGGAACGAAACGGAAGGCGAGAAAGAGCCGCGAGGGACCGAGCGACGCGCUGCAGGACCACAUGACAUCGUAUCAUGCGUAUCAGGAGGACCUGAUGGUAUUUGCAGGUGUUGGAAGAAAAGUCGCAGACUGCGUGGCGCUUUUUUCGCUGGAAAGGAUGGAAGCCAUUCCCGUUGACACGCAUGUGUGGCAGAUCGCAUGUCGAGAGCUGGAUGCGACGCUCAGCGAUCGGAAGAGUAUCACGCCGACUGUGUACCGCAUGGUGGGCGAUCUAUUCCGAACGCGUUUCGCGCCGCAAGCUGGCUGGGCUCACAGCGUCUUGUUCGCAGGCGAUCUCUCCGCUUUCAAGACUGAUCUUGUACACAAGCCGAUACGGCAGCAAGUCAAACGCAAGCUCACGAGUGCGCCUCGAGUGCCGGCCAGCCCCAAGAACAAGACACGAAAGCCACCGGUUGGGCCGAUGUGA